CCAGGAGCGCUCCAGUCUGGCGGGGCGCAGCGCGGGGAGCGGGCGGCCGCGACUCGGCUUGGCCCGGGGCGUCCGCCAGGGGGCGCGCCACGUCGGGGCGGGAGGGGCCGUCUGGUCUGGGGAAUUAGCACCGGGGACGGACGCGCGCGCAGGUCCCCAGCACAUCUGGGCGAGAGCCGAGCCUCUGGAAGCGAGCGGGGCGCCGAGCGCCUGUCUGGAGAGGCAGAGCCACCGCGCAGCCAGAGCUCCUUCGAGACGCUCCGGGCUCACAUCUGGGACUGGGAGAAGGGACCGCGCGGCGCGCAGCUGGACGCGGGGAGGGGGCGGCGGCUACACAGCUGGACCGAAGGGGGCGGGGUCGGUCCCAGCGACCGGCAUAGGGGAGGGCCGCGAGCCACCGGGGACGGGAGCAUGGGACAGCGCGCCUGAAGGAGCAGUCCAGGGAAGAGGGGGACUGGGACCCCGAAAAGAAAAGAGAGACGGGUGAGAGCGGAGGAGGAAGAUGCAACUGACCCGCUGCUGCUUCGUGUUUCUAGUGCAGGGCAGCCUCUAUCUGGUCAUCUGUGGCCAAGAUGAUGGUCCCCCUGGCUCAGAGGACCCUGAGCAUGACGACCAUGAGGGCCAGCCUCGGCCUAGGGUACCUCGCAAGCGAGGUCACAUCUCACCUAAGUCCCGCCCCUUGGCCAACUCCACCCUCCUAGGGCUGCUGGCCCCACCUGGGGAGGCUUGGGGUGUCCUUGGGCAGCCUCCCAACCGCCCCAAGCAAAGCUCCCUACCCUCGACCAAGGUGAAAAAAAUAUUUGGAUGGGGUGAUUUCUACUCCAACAUCAAAACAGUUGCCCUGAACCUGCUGGUCACAGGGAAGAUCGUGGACCACGGCAACGGAACCUUCAGCGUCCACUUCCGUCACAACGCCACAGGCCAGGGUAACAUCUCCAUCAGCCUUGUACCCCCCAGCAAAGCUGUAGAGUUUCACCAGGAACAGCAAAUCUUCAUCGAAGCCAAGGCCUCCAAAAUCUUCAACUGCCGGAUGGAGUGGGAGAAGGUAGAACGGGGCCGCCGGACCUCGCUCUGUACCCAUGACCCAGCCAAGAUCUGUUCCCGAGACCAUGCUCAGAGCUCGGCCACCUGGAGCUGCUCCCAGCCCUUCAAAGUCGUGUGUGUGUACAUUGCUUUCUACAGCACGGACUAUAGACUGGUGCAGAAAGUGUGCCCAGAUUACAACUACCACAGCGAUACCCCCUACUACCCAUCUGGGUGACCUAGAUGGGCCACACCGGCCUGUGCAGGAGGCUGGCUGUCUGGACACUGGGCAGGGAAGGGAUGGGUCUCAGGAAGGGAGGGGGUGGAGCGGACCAGAGGCCAGGUGGGCCAGGGCCAGGCCACGGGUGCUGAGGAAGGGUCCCCAGGGCUGGCCCCAACCUGAGGUGAGAAUGUACUUGUUAUGGAGGAGGAAUGGGCUCUGGGCAGCCUUGCAGAGCUUUCCCAA